CUCAAAUGUCCAGCUUAUAUAUUUCUCACACUAGUUCGAACCCAUUAAAUAAAAUGCUAAGCUCAGUUCAAUCGAAAUGUGAAGGAUUCGACCACACCCUCAUGUUUGUUAUGGGUGCUCUCUUCACUAAAUUCAAAAAGCAGCUCAAACUCGAAGAAGUCAUAGAACUCAUAGAAAAGCUCCAGUCAAUAGUCACCUCCUCUGGAAGUGGAAGCGUUGAAUCUCUAAGAAUCUUCAGGACUCUCUACACUCAAGUCAGAGCUCAAGACGUACUAAAACUCUCCUAUUUCAAAUCCUCCUCUACAAUCCCUCACCAGCGUCCAUCCACAGCAGUGCCAGCCACAAUGACUCCCAAGCCAACCACAUCCAAAGCCCCCUCUGCUGCAAAACCCAAAACCCACAGCUAUCUUCGGCCCACCACUGCCCACACAAUCCGCAUGACCAAGCUCAAAAAGCCUUCAAAAUCACCCCGGUUGGUCAAAAAGGCUCCGUCAGCAGUAGACUCACCUCGAAACCCCAAAACCAUCAAAACAUUGCGCAACCAAAUUAAAGUUAUGAAAGAUACACAAGAAAAUAGAAAGUUAUCGGAAAUUAAGAAAGUUCAAGAAGCUCUGGCGAUUAUUCAGAAAUGAUAUGAGGAAGAAUCUAGGCCUGCUGGUGAAGAAGAGAAGGAGCCUAAAGAGGAAGAGAAAGUACCUGUAACUAGCGCUGCUAAAGGUAUGAGUAUGGAAAUGAAGGAGAGACAGAAUUUGAUAGAUUUGGAGAAAACUCCUAUAUGAUUUAAAGACUCUAAGUGACCCAUUUGUUAUGAUAAGAUUGAAGUAAAAGAGAUGGCAUUGACUCAAUGUGGACAUAUGUAUCACGCUGAGUGCUUUGAGAUGUACAUCAGAUCCAAAGUUGAAGUAAAGUCAUUCCCACUCAAAUGCCCCAUGAGAGACUGUCUUAGCAAAUUGCCAGAAUCAGAUUUCAAGAACAUCUGAGACGAGAAACUCUAUCAGAAAUACGAAAGGUUUGAAUUUGAGCACUUCUGCGAACAAAAUCCAGACCUGUACCACUUCUGACCAACACCUGACUGCCAAUACGUGUUCGAGUGGGACAUCUCAAAGGGGCCUUACAAGCACCAAUGUACUAUCUGCUCAGAAACAUUCUGCUUGAAAUGCAAAGAGAAAUGGCAUCAAGGCUUCUCUUGCGAAGAAUUCAAACAAAUCAAAGAGUCUUCACCCGAAGACCUUGACACAGUCUGAAUGAUCAAGAAGGAAAAGUUCCAACGAUGCACCAAGUGAAAAUAUUGGGUCCAAAAGUCUGAGGGAUGCGAUCAUAUCACUUGUAGGUGAAGCUACCAAUUCUGCUACGUCUGUGGAGGAGAAUACCAAAAAUGAGGCCAUGUUGAUUAA